GGUGCUGACAGGGCGGGGCCGUGGCUCGGCUCAGCCGGCCUCACCCCUCCCGCUGGGGACAGGUGGCUGGAGUGCGCCCCGCCUCCGCCAGCUGCGAGUUGGGAGCGGAGGAGAGCCAGUCCCGGACGGCCGCCGCCAGCUGCGACUGGGAGUGAGUGAGGGCUAGUCCGGGACGGCCGGGGCGAGGAGUCCGGCGGCAGCAAACGAAUAUCGUGGCGGCCAAAAAAAUGCUCCUGUACCGAGGGGCCCCCGCGGGCCCUGGCUCGCCAGUCGGCGGGCUGGCCCGGCAGGGCAGUAGCCCGCAGGCCUUCGGGAUCCGCCUGAGUACGAUGAGCCCCCGCUACCUACAGAGCAACUCCAGCAGCCACACGCGACCCUUCAGUGCCAUCGCGGAGCUGCUAGAUAAUGCUGUAGAUCCAGAUGUAUCCGCCAGGACGGUCUUUAUAGAUGUUGAGGAGGUCAAGAAUAAAUCUUGUUUGACCUUUACUGAUGAUGGAUGUGGAAUGACACCUCACAAACUCCACCGAAUGCUCAGCUUUGGCUUUACAGAUAAAGUAAUAAAGAAGAGCCAGUGUCCCAUCGGGGUCUUUGGUAAUGGUUUCAAGUCAGGCUCCAUGCGGCUAGGAAAGGACGCUCUUGUCUUCACCAAGAAUGGGGGUACUCUUACUGUUGGACUCCUAUCACAGACCUAUCUGGAAUGUGUCCAGGCCCAGGCAGUUAUUGUACCAAUUGUUCCAUUCAGCCAGCAAAACAAAAAAAUGAUUAUUACUGAGGAUUCCUUGCCCAGCCUGGAAGCCAUCUUGAACUAUUCAAUUUUCAACAGUGAAAAUGACCUGCUGUCCCAGUUUGAUGCCAUCCCAGGCAAAAAAGGCACUCGUGUUCUCAUUUGGAACAUCCGCAGAAACAAAGAUGGGAAGUCUGAGUUGGACUUUGAUACAGAUCAAUAUGAUAUCCUGGUGUCAGAUUUUGAUGCAGAAGAAAAAGAGAUUAGUGGUUCUGAGUUGCCAGAAACAGAGUAUUCUUUACGGGCAUAUUGUAGUAUUCUAUAUAUGAAGCCACGGAUGAAAAUUUUUCUGCGUCAAAAGAAGGUGACCACCCAGAUGAUUGCCAAAAGUCUGGCAAAUGUAGGAUAUGAUAUAUAUAAACCUACCUUUACAAAUAAGCAGGUGAGAAUCACUUUUGGAUUCUCCUGCAAGAAAACUAACCAAUUUGGAGUAAUGAUGUAUCAUAACAACCGGCUCAUAAAGUUCUUUGAGAAGGUGGGAUGCCAGCCAACUCAUGGAGAAGGUGUGGGAGUAAUUGGAGUCAUUGAGUGCAAUUUCCUAAAACCUGCCUAUAACAAACAAGACUUUGAGUACACCAAGGAAUACCGAUUGACAAUAAAUGCCCUUGCCCAGAAGCUUAAUGCUUAUUGGAAGGAAAAGAUAUCUCAAGAGAAUUUUGAGAUCUCCGCUACAGCCAGGAAGAUUCCUGACCAGACAUGGGUACAGUGUGAUGAAUGUCUUAAAUGGAGGAAACUUCCUGGCAAGGUGGAUCCAUCUACAUUACCUGCGAGAUGGUUUUGUUACUAUAAUUCCCAUCCAAAAUACAGGAGAUGCUCUGUUCCAGAGGAACAAGAACUCAUUGAUGAAGACUUAUAUUUGAGCAAAACUAAGAAACAAGAUCAAUCUGUUGAGAAGAAGAAGAUAUCUAUGGAAAAUGAGAACCUCCAGGCAUUCAGUAAUCCACCAAAGAUUCCUUCUGUUCAAGAUAUGGCUGGACUGAAUGACAAGACAAUCGGAUAUGAGAGAAUUGAUAGUCCUACCCUGCUUCCGUCUGUUGGAGAAGAAAGCAGAUCACCUUCUCUUCAACUUAAACCUCUGGAUUCCAGUGUCUUUCAGUUUUCCAGUAAGUACAAAUGGAUUCUAGGUGAGGAACCUGUGGAAAAACGAAGAAGGCUCCAGAAUGAGAUGCCAACAUCGCCUCUGGAUUAUUCCAUGCCUGGAUCUUAUAGGAGGGUAGAGGCAGCUGUUGCCUACGCAGAAGGGGAGAACAGCCAUGAUAAAUCAAGUUCUGAGAGAAGUACACCACCAUGCCUUUUCCCAGAAUACCCAGAAGCAAACAAGAAUACAGGACAGAAUAGGGAAGCAUCAGUUCUAUAUCCAGGGGCCCAAGACCAACGCCAAGGGUCCCUGCUUCCUGAAGAAUUAGAAGAUCAGAUGCCAAGAUUGGUAGCAGAAGAAUCCAAUAGAGGAGAAUCCAAUAGAGGUAGCACAAACAUAAACAAAGAAGAAGUGAACAAGGGACCUUUUGUAGCUGUUGUUGGUGUUGCAAAAGGUGUUAGAGAUUCAGGGGCCCCCAUUCAGCUAAUCCCUUUUAACAGAGAGGAGCUUGCUGAGAGAAGAAAAACUGUUGAAUCCUGGAACCCAGUGCCUUAUUCUUCUGUGGCCUCUGCUGCAGCCAUUGGGGAGAAAGGAAGAGGCUAUGAGGAGAGUGGAGGUCGUAACACACCAAAGAUGAAGAACCAGAGAGAACUGGAAGAAUUGAAAAGAACCACAGAAAAAUUGGAACGUGUUUUGGCUGAAAGAAAUUUGUUCCAGCAAAAGGUGGAGGAGCUGGAACAGGAGAGGAAUCACUGGCAUUCUGAAUUCAAGAAAGUUCAACAUGAAUUGGUGACCUAUAGUACCCAGGAGACAGAAGGGUUAUACUGGAGCAAGAAACACAUGGGUUAUCGCCAAGCUGAAUUCCAGAUUCUGAAAGCUGAACUAGAAAGAACCAAAGAGGAAAAGCAAGAAUUACAAGAGAAAUUGAAGGAGACAGAGACACACCUGGAAGUGCUACGGAAGGCUCAGGUCUCCUACCGGACCCCAGAGGGAGAUGACCUAGAAAGGGCUUUGGCAAAGCUUACGCGACUGCGUAUCCACGUCAGCUAUCUUCUUACUUCUGUCCUCCCUCACUUGGAGCUUCGUGAGAUCGGGUAUGACUCAGAACAAGUGGAUGGGAUCCUGUACACAGUGCUGGAGGCAAAUCACAUACUGGAUUGAGCACCAGACUAUAUAUAUAUUCUUUUCUUUUCAGCCUGUGUACUAUAUAUACUCUUU